AUGAAUAACGAAUACGACUUUCUUUUCAAGUUGUUGUUGAUUGGAGAUUCUGGAGUCGGAAAAUCUUGUUUGCUCUUGAGGUUUGCUGAUGAUACCUACACCCCUGACUACAUUUCUACCAUUGGAGUCGACUUUAAGAUCAGAACCAUCGAGUUGGAUGGUAAAACAAUCAAGUUGCAAAUCUGGGAUACCGCUGGACAAGAAAGAUUCAGAACCAUUACUUCGUCUUAUUACCGUGGAGCCCAUGGUAUCAUCAUCGUCUACGAUGUCACCGAUCAAGAAUCUUUCAAUAACGUCAAGCAAUGGCUCCAGGAAAUCGACCGUUAUGCUACAGGAGGCGUGAUGAAGUUGUUGGUUGGUAAUAAAGCAGAUUUAUCCGACAAGAAGAUUGUGGAGUACACCGCCGCCAAGGAGUUUGCCGAUGCGUUGGACAUCCCAUUCUUGGAGACUUCGGCAUUGUCUUCAACCAAUGUCGAGCAGGCAUUCUACACCAUGGCAAGACAAAUCAAAGCUCAAAUGACCAACAAUGCAUCGAGUGGUGCAGGAGGAGCCAAUGCAAGCAAGUCUAACGUCAACUUGAGAGGCCAAUCAUUGACUUCCAACCAAUCAAACAGCUGUUGUUAG